AGCCAAUGGGAUAUCUGAUUGCGUGUUGAUUUGCCAAUGAAAUCAACUCACCACAGCCAAUGGUAGUUCUAAUGUUGACUGUUUCAGUGAUCAAAUCCAGGCAAUUAGAAAUCCUAUUAACUGAGUGCUGAUUGGCCAGUGAGGUAAAAACAUCAGUCGAAAGGACUGCUUCUGUAUGACUUUGUGUAAUUAAUACAUGUUAGUAAACAAUAACCUCAGCGCGUCGCGACCAUAGGGCGAGCGAAAAUUGACUCGAACUAAAUGGACAUGAAACAAAAAUGUACUGAUGAUGGAAGAGCCAGAUAAUCAGAUAUUAUAAUUCAUACAAAUAACACACUUAAGUACGCUUAGCCUAGGUGUUGGAGUCCGCUUACCGCCGCUUAUUCAAACAUAUACCGUGUUAUGAAUGUAUGAAGACGUAAAGACGCGCUGUGGGUAUAACGUGUGACAAAGGAAUGGAAAGAUGUAUAGCGUGGCCUACAGUGAAGAACAGGUGUAAAGACGUACGCCGUAACGAAGAAAGACGCGCCGCGCUGCCCCGCGGUCCACAAAGGGUCAAUUCUCAAGGCUCGACCAAUGGAUCGUAGUGAGCUCGAUCGUGUUGAUGUUUUCCACGCCGCGCCUCCUUGUGCUCCACACUCCACAGAGUCCGCUCUUGCACUUCGUUUCCUUCAGAUUUACACGCUGUGUUUGUGUUAAUUUCGCUGUUCGUAGCGUUUGCUCUCACACGGCCAUGACCGUGGAGCAGAAUGUCCUGCAGCAGCACUGUGAGAAGCACCAACAGACCCUACUGAACCAGCUAAGAGAAAUCACGGGCUCCACAGAUGUCCGUAUCCUGCAACAGGCGCUGCAGGUCAGUAACGGAGACCUGGGAGAAGCGGUUGCCUUUCUCACCGACAGGAGCAGUGAGGCUCCCCAGCAGAAUGAGGCCACUUAUUACCAGACUGCACAGACGGGGAACGACAGACACGUCAACGUGGGCAGCCAGGCUCGCGCAAAUGUUAUCGACUUGACUGGAGAUGACAAAGAAGACCUCCAGAGAGCCAUCGCGCUCAGCCUCGAGGAGUCCAGCCGGACCUUCCAGGAGACGGGAAUCACAGAUGAAGAGCAGGCCAUCAGCAGAGUCCUGGAGGCUAGCAUUGCGGAGAACAAGGGCAGCCUGACGUCGACACACAUGGAGGUGUGGAGUGAUCCCCCCAACCCCCAUGACAGGAAGAGGCAGGAGAACUGCCCCGUCGGCCUGAAGAACGUCGGGAACACGUGCUGGUUCAGCGCCGUCAUCCAGUCUCUCUUCCACCUGCUGGAGUUCCAGAGAUUGGUACUGCAGUACUCCCCUCCCGCAAACACCCAGGAUCUGCUUUGCAACCAGAAGGAGCCCAGGAACCUGCCUUUCAUGCAGGAGCUGCGGUGUCUUUUCUCGCUGAUGGUGGGUUCCAAGAGGAGGUAUGUGGACCCCUCUCGGGCGGUGGAGAUCCUGAAAGGUGCUUUCAAGUCCACUGAUUCACAGCAGCAGCAGGACGUGAGCGAAUUCAGUCACAAGCUGCUCGACUGGCUGGAGGAUGCUUUCCAGAUGAAGGCUGAGGAGGAGAGGGAAGGAGAACAGCCCAAGAAUCCAAUGGUGGAGCUUUUCUAUGGUCAUUUCGUAGCUGUGGGUGUUCUUGAAGGGAAGAAGUUUGAGAACACAGAAACAUUUGGCCAGUACCCCUUACAGGUUAACGGCUAUAAAGACCUCCAUGAAUCCUUGGAGGCAGCCAUGAUUGAGGGUGACAUCGAGUCCUUGCACUCUGAGAAACCUGGAGUCUCUGGGCAAGAGCACUGGUUUGCAGAGCUUCCCCCCGUGCUGACCUUCGAACUCUCAAGGUUCCAGUUCAACCAGGUCCUGGGAAGACCAGAGAAGAUCCACAACAAACUGGAGUUUCCAGCUGUGCUCUACCUGGACAGGUACCUGAACAGGAACAGGGACAUCACUAGAGUGAAGCGUCGAGAAAUGCGGAGGCUGAAAGAGCACCUACUGUUGCUUCAGCAGCGGCUGGAGAGAUAUAUGAGCUAUGGCUCUGGCCCCAAGAGAUGCCCCCUGGCAGACGUCCUGGAGUAUACCGUGGAAUUUGCCUCCAGCCAACCCAUCCUGUCUUCUCCCUCGCGGGCGGUUGACGCGACAGGCACCCAACCCGGUGGUACGGCAGCUCCACCUCAGCCCGCUCUGAGCAUGACCGACCAGGGUUCACCCAACAGCACUGAGGGCCCUCUAAGUGCCCCUUUCCCCCAGCAAAGGGUGCCGGUCCACAAGCCCCUCACUCAGUCCCGUGUGCUGCCCAACCCUCUGGGACAACCUGCACCCCGGUUUAUCACGGAGGAGGAGCUACGGGUGCUGGAGGGCUGCCUGCAGCGCUGGAGGAGCGAAGUGGAGAAGGACACCCGGGAGCUGCAGGGGUACAUCUCAAGGAUACACACAACGAUGGAACUCAUGUACUCUGACACUACCUUGAUGCAGGUGCCAUACCGGCUGCACGCUGUGCUUGUCCACGAGGGCCAAGCCAGCGCGGGCCACUACUGGGCCUACAUCUUCAGCCCCCAGCUCCAACACUGGCUCAAGUUCAACGACGUCUCCGUCACCAAGUCCACCUGGGAGGAACUGGUUCGCGACUCCUUCGGUGGCUACCGCAAUGCCAGCGCUUACUGCCUCAUGUAUGUCGAUGAUAAGAAGCCCUUCCUUGUACAAGAGAAGUUUGAUAAGGAGACAGGCCAGAUGCUUAGUGGGCUGGACAAGCUGCCAGCAGACCUGAAGGAGUAUGUGAAGGAGGACAACCGGCUGUUUGAGAAGGAGCUGCGGGAAUGGGACAUGUUGCAGGCACAUAGGGCAGCUGUGGAAAAGCUGGCGAGCGCGAUGGCAGGGACAAGCACAGAGUCUGAAGCCGCCCAGCCUGACGGUCAAGAGCCUAGCCCUCCAGAGAGCGGCGCCUGUCGACAGGAGUCAGAGUACAUGGAGCAGGGUUCCCAUGCGGGUAACCAGGAGCACUGGAGGGAGGACACGGAGCGAGCGGUUUCCCAGGCUGCAGCCCAGCAGGAGCAGCAUGGCCCGGAAGGACUGCUGAACGCACUCAAUAGUGAAAAGCCACCCUCAAGCCGUCAGCCACAGGCUGUAGUAGACCGAGCCUUUGAAAUGGCUGCCUCCCUGCAGCCAAAGGACAAGGGCUCUAUCCCAUCACUCCCAGUUGAUCAACAUGUGCGUGAAGGGUCUGCUGCCUUACAAACAGCUGGCAGAUGUCUGGUUGGGACUGUAACUCCAUGUCCUCGUGAAGCACCCUACCUCCCGGUUCUUUCUAUUCAGAUUGGGGUAGAUAAAAAGAACACCAUGGAAAUUUUGGUUCAAGGUUUGGUCAAGGGAUCCACUCCUCCAAGCAGUUAUGUUCGGCCUGUGUUGGGCAAACCUCAGUCCCCAACCCCACAUGGUAUUGUAAAUGACACUGCUACUGUGCUCUCUUCUGCUCAGCCUGUGACAGGGGGUCCAAUUUGCCUGUCCCCUAAGCCAAUGGCAGAGACUUUGACAGCUCCACCCUUCGUUAAACCAAUGGCAGGGCACCCCGAAGCCCCACUCUCUCCAAUUCAACUUGAGGUACAGGACACCAAAGUCAUGCCCCCUCCUGUCCAGCCUGUAGCAGAGGGGACAGAAACAUCACCCCUUCCUGUUAAGCAUACUGCAAAGGGUUCUGAGGCUCCUCCUCCUCUUCCUAUUAAGCCUGUGUCAGAGGGCACGGAAGCCUCGCCCCCUCCUGAGCAGUGUACUACAGAAUGCCCUGAAGCACUGCCCCCUCAUGUUGCCCCUCUGAUACAAGCUUUCACAACCCCACCGUCUCCUGUUUGUCCUAUGACGGAAAGCUCCCCAACCCCACUCCCUCCUAUUCAUCCUAUGAUGGAGAGCUCUAAAGCCCCACCCCUUCCUGUUAAACCUCACGCAGUAGGCUAUAAAGCUCCAUCCCCUACUUUCAUGCCCAUGACAGAAGGCUUCAAAGCUCCACCCCUCGUUUUUAAACCGAAAGCAAAAGGCUGUGAAAUCCCAUACCCUAUUGUCCAGCCUAUGGCAAAACGUUCAAAAACCCCAACUCCUUCUGUCAAACCUACUACAGAAAUCUAUGAAGCCCCACCUGCUGUUGUCCAGCCUGUGAGAGAUAGCUCCAAAGCCCUACCCCCUACUGCUGAACCCAAGGCAGAAAUCUACGAAGCCCCACCCCCUCUAGUAAAGCCUAAUGCAAAAGGCUCCCAAACCCCACCCCCUGCUGUCAAUAUUAAUACAGAAGGCUAUGAAGCCCCACCCCUUGUUGUCCAGCCUGUGACAGAAGGCUCCAAAGCCCCACCCCCUACUGUUGACCCUAAGGCAGAAAGCUACAAAGCCCCACCCCCUGAUAUUUACCCUAAGAUAGAAGGCUCAAAAGUCCCACCCCCUCCAGUAAAGCCUAAGGAGAAAGGCUCAAAGACCCCACACCCUGCUGUCAAUCUUAAUAAAGAUGGCUAUGAAGCCCCACCCCCUGUUGGCCAGCCUAUGACAGAAGGCUCCAAAGCCCCACCCCCUCCUGUUGACCUUAAGGCAGAAAGCUACAAAGCCCCACCCCCUGAUAUUUACCCUAAGAUAGAAGGCUCAAAAGCCCCACCCCCUCCAGUAAAGCCUAAGGAGAAAGGCUCAAAGACCCCACACCCUGCUUUCAAUCUUAAUAAAGAUGGCUAUGAAGCCCCACCCCCUGUUAUCCAGCCUAUGACAGAAGGUUCCAAAGCCCCACCCUCUACUGAUGAUUCUAAGGCCGAAAACUACAAAGCCCCACCCCCUGAUAUUCACCCCAACAUAGAAGGCUCAAAAGCCGCACCCGCUCCUCGGACAGAAGACUCCAAAGCCCCUCUUGCUCAGUCUAUGGCAAAAGGCUUUUCAACCCCAUCUCCACCUGCUGAGCGUGGUCGCGAAGGAGCCGAUCCCCAUGCGGGAACCAUAAUGCAGUCACAAGAGGGCAGUUAUGAUGACGAGGCAAUGCUGACCCCAAGCAUGCAGAGCGUAAUCAGGGCCAUUGGGAGGGCAUGGAGCGUGUAUGACAAGUGUGGUCCGGAAGCGGCUUUCUUUAAGGCUAUCAAAUUGGAGUAUGGCCGUUUGCUGUGGCUGGCGCAGCAGGACACGUCCCCCGAGAACGACCCUCGGCUGCUCUACGUCAUGGUCUACCUCAUCAAGAACCAGGCGCCCAAGACGAUACUGGAAAGGACUCUUCUCACGCAGUUUGCUGACCGCGAUUUGAGCUUCAAUGAACAAUGUAAGAACAUCAUGAAAGUUGCGCAAGAAAAGCUACAUUCGAUAAGGCCGGAAGAGGUCAACAUCGAAGAAUAUGAGACCUGGCAUCGGGACUAUCACAACUUCAGGGAGACAACGGUCUUCUUGAUGAUUGGCCUGGAGCUGUUCCAAAAAGAAAGCUACGUUGAAGCACUGAUGUACCUGAUCUACUCCUAUCAGUACAACAAAAAGCUGCUCUCCAGAGGCCCUUAUCGAGGACAUGACAAGGAGCUGAUUGCCCAUUACAGGAGAGAGUGUCUGCUGAGGCUGAACGAACAUGCAGCGGCACUGUUCCAGUCUGGUGAGGAACCGGAGCUAAGUGAUGGGAUGACCAUCAUGAAUGAGCUGGUGGUGCCAUGCUUGCCACUGCUGCUGGCAAAUGAGGAGCAGGCAGAGGAGAGGGACAUGGCAGCUGUGGAGGACAUACGGAAUCGAUGGUGCUCCUACCUGGGCCAAGAGAUGGAGCCCAAACUGCAGGAGACUCUGACCGACUUCCUGCCCAAAUUGCUGGACUGCUCAGUGGAGACCAGAAGCUUCCGGGACCCGCCGCGGCUGCCCUCCCUCUCCACCCUAGAGCUGCGCGAGAGGUUUAGCCGAGUCCUGACCUCCCUGAGACAAACUUCAGCCAAGGAGAGAUGAGCAGCACAGCCAGGACUUCUGUUUUUACCCAACACCUUUCAGAAAGAAGAACUGUGUCCGUUACCCCUGUUUUUAUGUUUUUAUUUUUCUAAAGCUAAAUGUUUUAUUCAUGCUUUGUUUCCUGUUGUUAUUCUUUGGCUUGUGCUAUUUGUAUCCUCAGUUACGAUCCCCCAAAAAAGCAAUAACAGACCCACACACGCACACACAAAGAAAAUCAAAAAUAAAGCAAAAUGCUAGUGACUGAAGUGACAGUGGAUGCCGUUCCAGUGUUGGUAUACUGCGGUAAAGUCCUCCUUUUACCCCUUUCCUACAUUAGCCCUCAUUUCUGAAUGAGAUCCUUUAAAAUGAUUUUAUUCAGUUUAUACAUUUGGUUUCUAUUUGCACCACAGUCCACAACCUGAAAUGGAUGUCAGUGACAUUACACACCUUGAAUAAAGAAAGACAAAAGUUCUUUUUAGGCCUUAUACUUAUUUUUUUUUUUUUUAGUACUAUAACCUUCAUCCAAUGUUUUCAUGAGCCUGUCUGUCUGUCUGUCUUUUCUACUUUCCUGAAGAGUCAAAUUUUGUUACCCUUCCCAUGGGUUAAGUAAGAAGGACAAAACAUCAAGUGCUAAAAUGGAAGAGGCAAAUGCACAAGGCUUCUCUCUUUUUAGGGAUGCAGCUCUGCGUUUUCUUGACCUCAAUAAAAGCAAUGCCCAUUGAUCUGGAGAAGUAUGCCACAUAAAUAGUGUCCAAUAUGCUUUUAUUUUAUGACCACCAAAUCUUUUUGCCCUUUGCUCUCUGCGACUAAGUCCACUGCUGUAUUGAGUUUUUCUUUCUCCCGUCCUUUUCUACCGCAGCAGUGCUCUGAUGGUUUCUAUUGAUUAUUCUUCUACAGGGAGAAGCCACUCAAUUCUUGUCUAACACUACUAUUGGUUUUAAUUAAAAGGUUAUUAAUAAAGAGCCAAG